AUGAAUGUUUUCCCUAGACCAUAUUGGUUUGUUUACGAUAUUUGUGGGAUAUUAUGUAUGACCCUUACAGAGCUCCUACUAUUAUAUUCAACACUGGUAUUGAACAUCUUUUUCAUUAAAAAAUUAUUUCAUUCAGGAGAAUAUAUUUUAUUUAUAUUUAAUUUAAUAUGUUGCAACUUUCUGUAUAUAAUUUGUUCAUUUUGCCAUCUAUCCUGUAGCACAACUGAUCCCGGAGUGAUACCAAACAAUACUGAUAAGGGUGAAAUUCUAUUACCAAUUGAGCUUCAGACCCAAACAAUUUCUAUUCGUUCAUGCGCAAAAUGUAAUAAUCUAAAGCCUCCAAGGACACAUCAUUGUUCAGUUUGCAAAAGGUGUAUAUUUAAAAUGGACCAUCACUGUCCCUGGAUUAAUAACUGUGUUGGAAUAAAUAAUCAGAAACAUUUUUUGUUAUUUUUGGCAUAUGUAUUCUUUUUUUGUGUUUAUUCACUAAUACUCAUUUGUUUUCGUUUUUAUAGAUGUAUAUCAUACCCUGUACCUAAUUCAAGCGAUAUUGAUUCUUUUAUAGGCGAUCAAUUUUUAAAAUCUAGUGCUGAAUUAUUAAAUAACAACCUAGGAACCAACGAGAUACUCUACCAUGACUGUAAUGUCACCCCGAUAUCAUUCAUAUUUGGUUUCAGUGUAAUUGUCGAAAGCUUGAUAUUUGGAAUCUUUUGUAUGGCGAUGUUUGUUGAUCAAGUUAUUUGCAUUGUUAAUAAUACAACUGGAAUAGAACAUUUGAAACAAGAAUAUUUGUACAGUAAAAAGAAAAGUGUGUAUUCUCUAUUUAUUCAGGUUUUUGGUUCUAAGUUUUCAUGGAGGUGGUUUUUACCUACGAUGACGAGACCGCCAUUUACGACUAAUAGCUUUGAUAUAUCCAGAUUUCUUGAUUUUGAGCUUGGAGACUUUAUGAUUGAUCCUGAAUGUGGGUUUGAUUGUGAUCAAUCAAGACAGGGCAUUAUACAAAGUAGUGAUAGUUUAAUUUUAAUCAGAAGAAUGAAAUCAAAUAGAUUAAGUUGUUGUUUCUUUUGCGAAGGGAUUGACUCAACAAACAUGUCAAUUCCUAAUGUUUCAGAAGACUUUUCUAUAUUUGAAAGUGAUAUUAGGAAAAUAGGUGACGCAAAACAUGAUAAUAUUAGAGAAAUUUUAAUGGAUGAUUUACAAAGACAAACAUAG